UGCCCGGGCGCCCGGACUGUCUGAGUGAGUGAGCGAGGCCUGCGCUCUCUCUUAACUGUGCGGCGGGGACUUGGUGCAUUUUGAUUUAUAUUAUUUUCUGCCCCCUUUAUUCCCCACUGCAGCCAGCAGUCCGAGUCCUGGAAUGAUGUGUCCAGCCUGAGAGGCUCGGCUGCGCCCUCCCCGACCCGUUUCCCCCCUCCACCCACUUAAACCCCUUCUCCCCCACCGAGAGAUGGUGCCCAGUGAGGAGAACCAACUGCUACCCACAGAGGGGAUGUUCUGGAGUUGCAGACAAAGUAUCUUUGAUGAAAUGAAGAAAAAGUUCUCUCAGUCAGAGACUGCAGCAGAUGAACCACGGGUGCUGUGCAUUGUUCAGGACACCACCAAUGCCAAGGCAGUCACUCAGCGGCUCACCCUAAACCUUCCUGCAUCAACCCCACUCAAACAGCUCUUUGAUGACGUCUCAUCUAAAGCGGGCUAUGUCAAUGGCACCUUCGAGUUAGUCUGGAGCAAUGGUCUGAACAACGCCGACCAAAGCCCCCUGGAUUACACUAGUGCAAAAUCUCUCUCUGAUUCUGGAUUUGAACCAGGAAAGAAAAAUUUUCUUCAUCUCACAGAUAAAGAUGGUGAACAGCCCCAGUUUGCAUCGGAUGAGUCUGGUACAGCAGAAAGCAGUGGACAUGAUGACAGCACUCAGGAAAGGAUUAUUGGUCCUCAGCUGAGGGAAAGCACCAUGGGCUGUGGAGAAUACAGUAGUCAGAAUUACUCGUACUCUCCUGUCCUGGGAAAAUCAGAAACUGGAUAUGUUGGAUUGGUAAACCAAGCUAUGACCUGCUACCUGAACAGCUUGCUGCAGACGCUCUUCAUGACUCCUGAGUUUAGGAAUGCACUGUACAAAUGGGAGUUUGAAGAAUGCGAUGAAGAUCCAGUGAUCAGCAUUCCUUAUCAACUCCAAAGGUUGUUCGUCUUGUUACAAACUAGUAAGAAAAGAGCAGUGGAAACAACAGACGUGACCCGAAGCUUUGGCUGGGAUAGCAGUGAAGCCUGGCAGCAGCACGAUGUCCAAGAGUUGUGCAGGGUCAUGUUUGAUGCAUUGGAACAGAACUGGAAGUAUACUGAGCAGGCUGACCUCAUUAACCAGUUGUACCAAGGGAAAUUGAAGGAUUAUGUUAAGUGUCUGGAGUGUGGCUAUGAGAGCUGGAGAAUCGAUACGUACCUUGACAUCCCACUGGUUAUCAGACCAUAUGGCUCCAAUCUGGCAUUUAACAGUGUGGAAGAAGCGUUGCAAGCGUUUGUUCAGCCUGAAACCUUGGAUGGCCCCAAUCAAUAUUUCUGUGAACGCUGCAAGAAAAAAUGUGAUGCGCGCAAGGGUCUGAAGUUCCUGCAUUUCCCAUACUUACUGACGCUGCAACUGAAGCGCUUUGACUUUGACUAUACCACGAUGCACAGGAUUAAGCUGAAUGACCGAAUGACCUUUCCAGCUGAGCUCGACAUGAGUCCUUUCAUAGAUGUAGAAGAGGAGAAAUCUCCUCAGACUGAGAGCUGCACGGAUAGCGGUGCUGAGAACGAAGGGAGUUGUCACAGUGACCAGAUGAGCAAUGACUUCUCAAACGAUGAUGUUGUGGAUGAAGGGAUCUGCCUGGAGAAUAACACUGGGGGUGAAAAAACCUCAAAGGCAGGGAACGAAAAGGGUACCUGGAUUUACGAGCUCUUCUCGGUUAUGGUUCAUUCAGGGAGUGCUGCUGGUGGACAUUACUAUGCCUGUAUUAAAUCAUUCAGUGACGGACAGUGGUACAGUUUCAAUGACCAGCACGUUAGCAGGAUUACUCAAGAUGAUAUUAGGAAAACGUAUGGUGGCUCUUCGGUGACCAGAGGCUAUUACUCCAGCGCUUUUGCCAGCUCCACCAACGCGUAUAUGUUAAUCUACAGACAAAAAGAAUCUACAAGAAAUGCAAAGUUCUUGGAGGUCCAUGAAUUUCCUGAACACAUUAAACAUCUGGUCCAGAAGGAGAAAGAAACAGAAGAACAAGAAAAAAGGCAACGGGAAAUUGAGCGUAACACAUGCAAGAUUAAACUGUUCUGCAUGCAUCCCAUGCGGCAGAUAAUGAUGGAAAACAAGCUGGAGGUUCACAAGGACAAGACCUUACAGGAAGCUGUGGAGAUAGCAUACAAGCUCAUGGAUUUAGAAGAGGCAGUUCCACCUGACUGCUGCCGCUUGGUCAAGUAUGAUGAGUUCCAUGAUUAUUUGGAACGCUCUUAUGAGGGAGAGGAGGAUACUCCAGUUGGGAUGCUCCUUGGUGGAGUUAAAUCGUCUUAUAUGUUCGACUUGCUCCUGGAAACGAGACAACCUAAUCAAGCUUUUCAGCCAUAUAAAUCGGGCGAAGUCAUGGUGAAAGUGCACGUGGUUGACCUUAAAACAGAAACUCUGAUUCCACCUGUCAGUGUCCGUGCUUACCUUAAUCAAACAGUGGCAGAGUUCAAACAGCUCAUUUCCCAGGCGACGGGACUCUCCGCUGAGACAAUGCGUAUUGUAUUGGAACGUUGUUGCAAUGACCUGCGAAUGCUUUCUGUGCCCAACAAAACACUGAAGGCCGAAGGGUUCUUCAGGAGUAAUAAGAUAUUUGUUGAAAGCUCAGACACCCAGGAUAAUCAAGUGGCUUUCACUGAGUCGCAACUGUGGCAUCUACUAGACCAGCAUGCCAAUACCAUUCGGCUCUAUGUUUCAUUGCCAGAACAAUCGCCAGGAUCCCAAGGACUAAGGUGUCUCCACCAAAAAGCUGCAGGGGAUCCAGGCAGCCAAGAAGACAGUUACGAAUGUGUGAAAGGGUCCUCGACGCACAGGAAACCUGUGGAAGCCAUUUUGGAGGAAAGCACAGAGAAAUUAAAGAACCUGUCACUGUUGCAGCAACAGCAGUCGUCUUGCACUCCAGGAGAAAAUGGCGAUGGCAUCAAAAGUGCCGAAGACAGUGACUUUGAAACCAUUGAGUCGCCAUCACAAGAAGCAGACUCAUCGACCUCUGUGGACAAUAGAGAGCUGGAAAACCGGAUUCCCCCCUCUGAUCCAGAGACCCCACUCCAGUCAGAAGAGCGGUCAGAUUCUGAUGUAAACAAUGACCGGAGCACGAGCUCCGUGGACAGCGACAUCCUCAGCUCCAGCCACAGCAGCGACACUUUGUGUAAUGCCGACACGGCCCCUAUCCCCCUGACCAAUGGACUGGACUCUCACAGCAUCACGUACAGCCGCCGCUCAAAGGCCAAUGAAGGGAAGAAGGAAACAUGGGAUACAGCGGAGGAGGAUUCUGGGACAGAUAGCGAAUAUGACGAGAAUGGGAAGGGCAGAGGAUUGACACGGUACCUGUACUUCAAAGCAGAGCAGUGCACUUCUGAGGAUGGAUCAGGUGAUGGACAGAAAAGAUUGUUGGUGUUUGUUGAUAAGCGCAUCACGCUGGCUGCCUUCAAGCAACAGUUGGAGCCAUAUAUUGGAGUUCCAUCAUCCCAGUUUAAAGUCUUCCGGGUCUAUGCUAACAACCAGGAGUUUGAGAGCGUUCGAUUAAACGAGACUCUUUCAUCAUUCUCCGAUGACAACAAGGUAACUAUUCGACUUGGAAGAGCUCUACAGAAAGGGGAAUAUCGUGUUAAAGUGUACCAACUACUUGUGAAUGACCCAGAGCCCUGUAAAUUUCUGCUCGAUGCUGUGUUUGCUAAAGGCAUGACGGUGCGCCAGUCAAAAGAGGAGCUUCUGCCUCAGCUGAAAGAACAGUGUGGGCUGGAUCUUGGUAUCGACAGGUUUAGACUGAGGAAAAAAACCUGGAAAAAUCCUGGAACAAUCUUUCUGGACUAUCACAUCUAUGAGGAAGACAUCAACAUCUCCAGUAACUGGGAGGUUUUCCUUGAGGCACUUGAUGAGCCUGAGAAAAUGAAGUCCUUGUCACAAUUGGCAGUGUUGACCAGACAGUGGAAACCAUCCCAUAUGAAGCUGGAGCCCUUCCAAGAAAUUGUCCUGGAUAGCAGCAACGUUGAGGAGCUGAAAGAGAAAUUACAUGCAAUAAGUGAAAUUCCCAUUGAAAACAUAGAAUUUGCUAAGGGCAGGGGAACUUUUCCAUGUGACAUUUCAGUACUGGAAAUUCACCAAGAUUUAGACUGGAAUCCUAAAGUCUCAACUCUGAAUGUCUGGCCACUUUACAUCUGUGAUGAUGGAGCAGUCAUCUUUUACAGGGACAAGACUGAGAUCCAGAUGGAGAUGACCGAGGAACAACGCAAUGGGCUACUGAAGAAAGAAAGCAGCCGGCUGCAAAAAUCAGGCCACCGUGUGAAUUACUCACCUCGCAAAGAGAAAGCACUGAAGAUCUAUCUUAUUGGCGAUCCCAGCAAAGACUCCAGCCAGGAAUGAAAUUCGGCCCAGCCUGGCCCAGCUUGGGUCGUCCCUGGAACUGAAAUCUGAUUCACCACUGCUGUGUAGAACUCCUGUGGCUAUCCCAUUCAUCAUUAGGUGUACCUAAUGACACCAGCACUGAUUGGCUUAUUGCCCACCAAUCAGAAGCCCAGUGCCCAGUUGGGGGUCACUGUCUGACUUUGAAUCAUGUCGUGCACUAUAGUCUAUUGUACUGUAAAGUUAAAAGGGAUGUGCAAAAAAUGGGGUUAAAACGAUUGAAGAUAAUGCGGACUCUGCACAUAUGCGAGAAAUGCUAGACCCCUCUAGCCAAUCGGAAUUUUGUAGCUGAAUAAAAGCUGUGCACAGUCCUAAGAAUUUGUCAUUUAUUUUAUUCAUAUAAGUGUGCACAUACCUCAUUGAUGAAUUUUUAAAAAUGCCUACUAUAUAUGGGAUAGGGAGGGGAGGUAUUGAUGGUUAAUGGAAAUGGAGUGCCAUCAGAAUUGCAGAACAAGAGGUGAUUCUUGAUUAUAAAUUGAAUGAAUGUUAUGAGCAGCUUUUACUUGGCCUGCGUGUGGUUUGUAAAUCUGCGCCCACUCAUUUUGUCAUAGGCGUAGUGACUGUAACUGAUUUACUUUUGUCUCCCAGGCUGUGGAUUUUGAAGUUCCAGCACAUGUAUUGUUUCAGCGAAUGUACAGACAUUGAUAUAAGCUGCGGCUUGGCAUAGGUAACCAGAGUGAGGACGUUGAAUAUUAUUUGCCUCGGGCUUGUUCGAGCGUGCACACGCAGGCAUGCCACGCAGACAUGGCAGGCAUGAUGUAAGCCACAUGCAAACAUGCCACACGCCCAGACACGUAUCACACACGCACACACACCACACACAAAUGUCGCACAGGCACGUGGUACAGUGUUAGAGGGCUGCUUGAACUGUUGCAUUUUUAGGUGCUUUCUUUCUUGUCUGUUCAGUUGGUAUUUAGGCAUCAAUAAUUUUUAAUGCCUUUGUUCAGAAUUUUGGUUUUUACCUACCUUAAAGGCAUCUUGGUUCUAAUUAUGUAUAUUGUACUUCCUGUAUCAAAAAGGUUUAAUUACUUUGUGAAUCUUGUUCCAUGAAGAAGCACAGAAUGAUUUUAAUUUUCUGUUGUAUUUAAUUGAUUUGACAUAAUAGAUCAUAAGUGUGAAUUUAUUUUCAGCCAGUUCAAAAAGAAAUAAAUUGAAAGAAAGCAGUUGGAAUGAUAAGCUUGUUUCAUGGCUAGAUUCACUUCACACACUUAACUGAAGAGCAUUAGGAAGUGGAAUCUUUAACUGCUGCACAAUCUCCAUCACCAUUUUCCCUCUAGGAUUUCCCAGGAGGCCCCUCAAUUUUUAAUGAGACAGAUCAUCAAAAAUGUUUUCUUUUGGUGAAAGUAUUUUUUCAUGGCCAAUGCUGUUCACAAUUGAGUAACAUGUCAAUAAAACAUUUAUUCAUUCAA